AUGGAGUUAUUCAGAAGUUUUGCUUUCCUCUUAGUCCUAAACCUGCUGCAGGGGUCGAAUACUUCCUUAGUUAGCCAGAAUGGCAAUGGUUACGAAGACAUUAUUAUUGCUAUAGACCCUGCUGUGCCAGAAAAUGAAAAAAUAAUUGAACAAAUAAAGGACAUGGUGACUACAGCUUCUACUUACCUGUUUGAAGCCAUGGAAAAAAGGCUUUUUUUCAAAAAUGUGUCUAUAUUAAUUCCUGAGAAUUGGAAGGAAAAUCCUCAAUACAGGAAGCCAAAACAUGCUGAUGUUAGAGUUGCACUACCUACCCUCCCAGGUAGAGAUGAACCAUACACCAGGCAGUUCACAGCCUGUGAAGAAAAAGAAUACAUUCAUUUCACACCUGACUUUGUACUGGCAAAAAAAAAUUUGAAAUAUUUUCCCACAGGUAGAGUAUUUAUCCAUGAGCAGGCCCAUCUUCGCUGGGGAGUGUUUGAUGAGUAAAAUGAAGAUAAGCCUUUCUACAGCUCUAAUGCAGAAAAAAUUGAAGCAACAAGAUGUUCCACAGGUAUCUCUGGUUUGAAUAGGGUUUAUACGUGUCAAGAAGGCAGUAUCACUAGAACAUGCAGAAUGAAUUCUAAAACAAACCUGUAUGAGAAAGAUUGUCAAUUCUUCCCUGAUAAAGUUCAGAGAGAAAAGACAUCCAUAAUGUUUAUGCAAACUACUGAAUUCUGUGAUGAAGAAAAUCAUAACUGAGAAGCUCCAAGCCUACACAAUGAAAAGUGUAAUUACAGAAGCAUAUGGGAGGUGAUCAGCAAUUCUGAAGAUUUUAGUAACACUCAGCCUAUGGAGACACCACCCCCUCCCCCUGUCUUCUCAUUGCUGAGGAUCAGACAAAGAAUAGUGUGCUUGGUUCUUGAUAAGUCUGGAAGCAUGUCGUCUUCUGAUCACCUAAAUCGAAUGAAUCAAGCUGCAAAACAUUUUCUGCUGCAGACUGUUGAGAAUGGAUCCUGGGUGGGGAUGGUUCACUUUGAUAGUAAAACCAGUAUUAAAAGUAAGCUGAUUCAAAUAAUAAGCAGCACCGAAAGAAGCAAGCUCUUGGAGAGCUUACCUACAGCAGCUUCUGGAGGAACUUCCAUCUGCAGUGGAAUUCAAGCCGCAUUUGAGGUGAAAGUGAUUGGAGAGUUAUACUCUGAAAUAGAUGGAUCUGAAAUAGUGCUCUCUGAUGGGGAGAAUAGCUCUGUAGGCACUUGUGUUGACCGAGUGGAACAAAGCAGAGCCAUUGUUCAUUUUAUUGCUUUGGGACCAUCUGCUGAUCAAGCAGUAAUAGAGAUGAGCACUUUAACAGGAGGAAGCCAUUAUUAUGCUUCAGAUGAAGCCCAGAGCAACGGCCUCAUUGAUGCUUUUGGGGCCCUUACAUCAGGAAACACCCAUGUCUCCCAGAAGUCACUUCAGCUUGAAAGUAAAGGAUUAACAUUGACCAGUGAUCCCUGGAUGAAUGGCACUGUAAUAAUUGAUAGCACGGUGGGAAAAGAUACAUUCUUUCUCAUCACAUUGGACAAACAGGCUCCUGAUAUUUCUCUCUGGGAUCCCAAUGAAACACUGAUAAGAACUUUCACAGAGGACACAGUUCCCAAAAUGACCUAUCUUGGUAUUCCAGAAACUGCAAAGGUGGGCAUUUGGACUUACACACUUCAAGCCAAAACAAACCCAGAAACAUUAACUAUUACAGUAACUUCUCGGGCAGCAAACUCUUCUGUAUGUCCAAUCGUGGUGAAUGCUAAAGUGAAUAAAGACACAAACAGCUUCCCCAACCCAAUGAUUGUUUAUGCAGAAAUUCUACAAGGAUACGUAGCCAUUCUUGGAGCAAAUGUGACUGCUGUCAUUGAAUCAAAAAGUGGAAAUACAGAAGUUUUGCAACAUUUGGGUAAUGGUGCAGGAUAUGUAUGCAUCCCUGUGGCAGUGUGGAACAGUAGGACAGGUACCAGAAGAACUGAUGUAGAUUAUGAUGGAGUAGAAGGACCGUCAGGAAAUUCUAUACAGUCCAGCUCUUCCGCCGAGGCCAACGCCCACGGUGGCGGCCGCACUCCCGGCCCGCCAGGCCCAGCUUCUCGGCUGCCGCCGCCUGGCGUACGGCCUGCUCUGAGGCGCGCCUUCUCUCCCCUCGCCCCACCGUCCUCCUCCCCCUUCACGGAAACGACAGCUGUGGUGGCGUGGCUGGCGCCGCCUCCCUCCACCUACCACGUCUGCCCCCGGCGCCCCAGCCCGGCCGCGGCGCCUCCGCCUCCCAGCUAA